AUGGCGGCCGUCGCAGAGUCACGGUCCCCUCCGGAAGGAGACACGGCCCUCUUUCUGUCUCGGCUGAGUGCCAUUUGGAAAGGCUUUAUCAACAUGCAGAGUGUAGCGAAGUUUGUCACCAAGGCCUAUCCUGUCUCCGGAUGUUUCGAUUACCUCAGCGAGGAGCUGUGUCUGAUCCGCUUUCAUCCCGCGACCGAGGAGGAGGAGGUGGCCUAUAUCUCUCUCUACUCCUAUUUCAGCAGCCGCGGCCGCUUCGGCGUUGUCGCUAACAACAGCAGGCGUGUCAAGGAUCUCUACCUGAUACCGCUGGGCGCCGAGGACCCUGUCCCAUCCAAGCUCUUGCCCUUCGAGGGACCAGAACGCGCCGUGAAGUUCCGCAGCUUGAAGCGCUGGCAGGUAAGCAUUUCUGCAGGCCCCGUGUGCACGGGCGGCCACACGGACGACUCGGGGCGCGUGCGCUGUCCAAUCACACGAGGAGACUCAGUAACGGACAGUGGGGAGUGCGGGGUGGACUCAGAGGUACAGGCCACGUUUUGGUGUCUGGGCUUGAGGGGUCGGCUUCUGGGGGCUCUUGGAAAGCCGCAUCCCGUGGUGCAUCAGGCACGAGGUCUUGAGUCACCACGUCCAAACAUAAUCCUCGGAUUAGUGAUCUGUCAAAAAAUGAAGCGGCCUUUGAAUGCCGGAGAGUUGGACAAGGUGGAGGAGAAGCGGGCCCGGCUUCCUCUGCAGGAGGACGUGGACGUCCCCGUCUACCCCAGGACGCCUGCUGCCCCGCAGCCUGAGAAGAAGCCCCCCAAGUACCAGCCAUGCUCCGGGGACUCGGCCGUCGGCACCACACCCCCCGGGGCUCCUCCCCCCCCCCCCCCCCCUCCCGCACCCCCACCAGCGGCGGCAGCUUCGUCGUCAGUGUUAAAAAUACUGUCCACUCUCAAGCCUGGAGCCACGAAUGACACCGCCGCGCCCCCCGCACCGGCCGUGGCUGCAGCGGCCGCCUCCCCUGCCACAUGCUCAGCUUCGAAAACCGCGUCGCCCCUGGAGCACAUCCUGCAGACUCUCUUCGGGAAGAAGAAGUCCUUCGACACCGCUGCCAAGGAGCCCGUGGAGCCGGCUCUGGCCUCCGCCCAGGAUGCCAAGGCCAAGGCCGAGGGCGGGCUGCCCGCAGUGCCCUUACUGGACCCGAUUGUCCAGCAGUUCGGCCAGCUGUCCAAGGAGAAGGCCGUGGAGGACGAGGAGGACGACCGGCCGUAUGACCCCGAGGAAGAGUACGGCCCUGACAGAGCCUUCGACACGCAGCUCGGCGACCACGGUGGCCGGCCCGACGCCGACAGGGCCACUGAGUCUGCAGAGCGUGAGGAGGUGGCUUAUGACCCGGAGGACGAGACGAUUCUAGAAGAAGCCAAGGUGACGGUCCACGACCUGCCCAACAGGAUGUGCUCAGACGUCAGGGGUGGGGCCGGGGAGAGGCCGGCAGGGGGCGCUGUGGACGGGGCCGCCCCGUCCCUGGCGGAGCAGCAGAAGAUGCUCGAGGAGCUCAGCAGACAGAUCGAGGAGCAGAAGAGGCAGGUGGAGGAGCAGGAGGCGGCGCUGCGGCAGCAGAGGGCCGCCGCGGGCGUCUUUGAAACCGAAGGCGACAGAGAUGCACAGUCCAGGCCCGGUGAGGGGGCCGCCCUGUUCCCCCCGCCUGGCCAGAAGGGGGCCCCUCCGCCCCCGUUCCAGGGCCAGCGCGAGCCUGCUCCACGCCCGCUUGGGAUGUCGGGGCUCCACGGGCCCAGUUUCCCGGGGCCGAGGGGCCCGGUCCCUCCGUUUUCAGAAGAAACUGCCAUGUCUAACAGCGAUGGGUCGCGAGGGCCUCCAGCGGCCAGAUUUGGGGCUCCAAAGGGGCCCAUCCCUUCCUUAUUUUCAGGGCCACAUGGGCCACCUCCGUAUGGGGACAACAGGGGCCCCUCGCCCUCGCACCCUGGUGGGCCCAGAGGCACGGCAGCACCCCAAUUCGAAGAACGCAAGGACCCCCACGGGGAAAAGCGGGAGUUCCAGGACAGCCCGUACGAGAUGGCCGGCCCUGCCACGCAGUUUGAGGGGCCCGAACAAGGCCAGUUCGUGGGGGGCAGGGCCGCGGCGCCUUUCCAGUUUGGGGGCCCCCGGAGGCCUCUGCUGUCUCAGUUCAAAGGGCCCCGGGGGGGCCCUCCUCCCUCUCAGUUCGGCGGUCAGAGGGGACCACCCCCUGGCCAUUUCGUGGGCCCCAGGGGGCCGCACCCCAGUCAGUUUGAGGGGCCCCGAGGCCAGGCUCCCGGCUUCAUGCCGGGGCCCCGAGGCGUGCAGCCUCCGCAGUUUGACGAGCAGAGGGUCACUUCCCCGCCGCCCCCACGCUUCGCCAAUCAGAGGGCGCCGGCACCCCUUCAGUUUGCGGGCCCCAGGGGCCCUGCGCCUUUUCCCGAGAAGAACGAGCCGGCCCGGUUCCACUUCCAGGGCCAGGCGGCCCCCGUGAUGAAGCCGGCACCCCGGCCGCUGCUGGAGCUGCCCAGCCACCCGCCCCAGCACCGCAAGGACCCUUCUCAAGUGUGA